GAUCCGUCAGCCCCUCUUACACGUGUUCGAGCUGCUGCGGGAACGUGGUGUCUGAUGCUUCGUAAACAGAGGAAACAAAUCAUAAAGUUGCUGAGAUAAACCUCACCUGUCCACACACAUUUGGACGCCAGUUUCUCUGUAGCCGUCAGUCUUCACAUGCCACUAUGAAGUACAUCCUUGUUACGGGAGGUGUCAUAUCUGGCAUUGGUAAGGGCAUCAUUGCCAGCAGCGUGGGAACAAUCCUCAAGUCCUGCGGCCUUCAUGUCACAGCCAUCAAAAUCGACCCCUAUAUCAAUAUCGACGCUGGCACCUUUUCACCAUAUGAACAUGGUGAAGUAUUUGUUCUCGAUGAUGGCGGCGAAGUGGAUCUGGACUUGGGGAACUAUGAGCGUUUCCUGGACAUCCGUCUUACCAAGGACAACAACCUCACCACUGGAAAGAUCUACCAGUCGGUUAUCAACAAGGAGAGGAGGGGAGACUACUUAGGCAAGACUGUACAAGUGGUACCCCACAUCACAGAUGCCAUCCAGGAGUGGGUAAUGAAUCAAGCCAGGAUUUCAGUGGAUGACGAUGGUGUGGAGCCUCAAGUUUGUGUUAUAGAGCUGGGAGGCACAGUGGGGGACAUCGAGAGCAUGCCCUUCAUUGAGGCAUUCAGGCAGUUCCAGUUUAAGGUGAAGAGGGAAAACUUCUGCAACAUCCAUGUCAGCUUGAUACCACAGCCCAGUACCACAGGAGAGCAAAAAACCAAACCAACCCAGAACAGUGUUCGAGAGCUCAGAGGGCUGGGCUUGUCUCCAGACUUGGUGAUGUGCCGCUGUACAACGCCCCUAGAAACAGCUGUCAAGGAGAAGAUCUCCAUGUUUUGUCAUGUGGAGCCCACACAGGUGAUCUGCGUCCACGAUCUCUCCUCAGUCUACAGAGUGCCUCUGCUGCUGGAGGACCAGGGUGUUGUGAGUUACUUCUGUCAGCGGCUGAACCUGCCUGUCGGGAUGAAGCCCAGAAAGAUGCUCACAAAGUGGAAGGAGAUGGCUGACAGAUCUGACCGUUUCCUGGAGCAUGUUUCCAUAGCCCUGGUGGGGAAGUACACAAAGUUAUCUGACUCCUACACCUCAGUUAUUAAGGCCCUUGAACACUCAGCCCUCGCCAUUAAUCACAAACUGGAGGUCAAGUACAUAGACUCUGCAGAUCUGGAGUCUACCACUCUGCAAGAUGAGCCAGUGAAAUAUCAUGAGGCCUGGCAAAAACUCUGCAGUUCUCAUGGUGUUUUGGUACCAGGAGGUUUUGGUGUGAGAGGGACAGAAGGCAAGAUGUUGGCUAUUAGCUGGGCGAGGAAACAGAACAAGCCAUUCCUGGGGGUUUGUUUGGGCAUGCAGCUGGCAGUCUGUGAGUUUGCCCGCAAUGUUCUUGGAUGGGAAGAUGCAAACUCCACGGAAUUUAAUCCCGAAUCCAAACACCCCGUGGUAAUUGACAUGCCAGAACACAACCCAGGGCAGAUGGGUGGGACUAUGAGGUUGGGGAAGAGGAGGACGAUUUUUAAAUCCAACACCAGUGUACUGAAAAAACUGUACGGCAAUGUGGAAUAUGUUGAGGAGAGGCACAGACACAGAUUUGAGGUGAAUCCUGAGCUGAAGCACCAUUUUGAAGCAAAGGGUUUUCAGUUUGUUGGUCAGGAUGUAGAAGGAGAGAGAAUGGAGGUCAUUGAACUGGAAGGCCAUUGUUACUUUGUUGGAGUGCAGUACCAUCCAGAGUUCACCUCCAGACCCAUCAAACCUUCUCCUCCAUAUUUUGGUCUCCUGCUGGCUGCUGCAGGAAAACUCCAGAGCUACCUGACCAAGGGCUGUCGCCUUUCUCCACGGGAUACUUACAGUGACCGCAGCGGCAGCAGCUCUCCUGAAGCUGAGAUCUCGGAUCUGAGGUUUCCUUCUUUGUAGUUGUGUCAUUUGCACAGAUAAAUGCAAAGUCCAGGAAAAAAUCUGGUCUUCCCCUAAUUAUGCAAAACCAAAAUAUAUGUUGAAAUGCUGAACUGGUUUUACAUUCUGACUUUCUGACGUACAACACUUUAAUAAGUUUUACUCUAAAUAUAUUAUAUCUUCAGUGAUGCACAAAGUAAAGGGAUUUCUCUGUUGGGGUAAAGGGGUAUCUCUGUUGGUGCUUUAGAGUUUCUGCAGUAAGCAAAAACCAGAACCAAAUGUUGCCAAGGGAAUUGCAAAAAAAAAAGAAAAAAAUGAUGUGGACUCUGUAGGACCUGUAGAGAAAGUGGGGGGAAA